ACUCUAACAAGUAAGUUUGUACUGACUUUUAUCAAAAAGUCUCGCUGAAAACAUUUUUUGAUGUUAAAUAUUUGCUUCCAGAUGGCCAAAAUGCUAUUUUUGCUAACCGUAUUCUUUAUACCGGCUUCAGGCAUGUCUGUAGAUGCCAACCGCAUGUCGGAUCAAGAACUCGUUGAUUAUCUCAACACAAAUCAACAUUUUUUCAAGGCAGAAGUUCCAACGAUGUCGUACGAAAAGUUCAAGUCUUACCUGAUGGAUCGUGAAUUUUCGAAAAAACUUGAGGGAACUGUAACAGCAAAGGAGAUUGUUAUGAAUGAGUAUCUUCCAGAAAGUUUCGAUGCUCGAGAAAAGUGGCCCCAGUGCGUUUCUAUAAAGACUAUCAGAAUGCAAGCAGCUUGCGGAUCUUGUUGGGCUGUAUCUUCAGCUUCAGUCAUGUCUGAUAGAUUGUGCAUACGAACCAUGGGACAAGAUCAGAGGAUAAUCUCAGACACAGAUAUUCUUGCAUGUUGUGGUGGAUUUUGUGGUUAUGGAUGUAAUGGAGGGUGGGCCCUCAGAGCCUAUCAGUAUGGAGUGAACUAUGGAGUAUGUACUGGUGGUGCAUACAAUGCAAAGAAUUGCUGCAAACCAUACCCGUUCGCUCCAGAUAGUCAAGACAAACAAACGCCAGUUUGUCGUGCGCAAUGUCAGUUUGGAUAUAACAUGGAUUAUUACAGCGACAAGAUUUACGCAAGUUCCGCAUAUUCGAUCAUUGCGAACGAAGAUGCGAUUCGAAAGGAAAUCUUCACGAAUGGACCCGUUACAGCAGGGUUCGACGUUUACAGCGAUUUCCAGUAUUACAAGAGUGGAGUAUACGUACACACAUUUGGAAAAUGGGAAGGAGGUCACGCUAUCAGACUCAUAGGAUGGGGUGUAGAGAAUGGUGUGAAAUACUGGCUCGUUGCGAACUCCUGGAGCACUGCCUGGGGAGAAGGCGGCCUCUUCAAGAUACGCCGAGGAACCAACGAAUGCAAUAUUGAAACCAAAAAUGUUGACGCAGUUAUUAUUUAAACUGUCGUUUGAUGGACAAUAAACUUUCAGCAUUUUAAAGGAUUUUUGUUGGC